AUGGCCUUACAAGAACUCUCUCGUUUGGGAGGCCCGAAGAAGCAGCGGACACUCGCUGAACUCUUCGCGGCCUGCCCGGGUGAAAUCCAGGAGCAAAUUUUGCUCCAUUUCGUUCGCCAUCCCCAGUUUCACGUUCUCAAAACUGCCUUCAGCCAAUUCCGGACCAACGUGCCCUGGUCAUUGAGAUUCACCCCGGUCGUUAGGGCAUUCGACAAGUCGGGAUACCGACAGUAUGAUCACGUCGGCGAGAUUAGGCCUUUCACGCGCCGCUCCAUGCAUAUCGAGCAGAACAACCAACUUCGCCAAGGAUACCAUGACACACGUCUGCCCUUCAUCAUGCUCACCGUCCACGCCAACGGCCAUGACGACCUCAUUGUUUUGGAGCUUUCGGCGCGACCGACCAGGGCCCCACCCUCGUUCGACCCAACAUCGGCCCUCGCCCUUCAGUUUGAGGGCUGGAGACUGAUCCGAACAUUUCCUCGCAUUGAGAACUUGGCUUUCAAAUGGUUCUACCAUGGCCACUCUGCUUGCGCGGCCCAGGCGACCUUCAACUGCCGUCACCAAGGCAAAGAACACGCGGCCUGGAAAAUGUGCCCGGCUCACCUGGCGCCAUUUCUCCAUUUCUUUCCGUCCUUGCGCCAGCUUCACUUCAUUCUCGAGUUAGAUAAAAGCAAGUGGACAAAGUUUGCCGUCGACACCUACAUCAAGAACUACUUCACUACCAAGCGAGGCAAGCACAUCGAUCCCGACGGACGUCCAACCCGGCACUUCUACGGCACCGACACCCAAUACAUCCCAGUGUACAAAGAACUCCUCGUCCGUGUGAAUGACGAUGGCACCGAGUUCCUCGACCUCUGGCUCCGCGAGGUCGGACCCGUCGAAAACAUGCUGGCUUGCCUACGUGAGGCAUACAGAGCCGACCAGCCUGCUCUUCCCAAUAUGCUGCCUUGGGACCCGGAGGGCUGGCGCAUGUUGCCGGGCAAGGAGAAGCGCGCCAAGGUUACAUUUGGGAUCCUGAUUGCCGCGCCGGAUGAGCAGUGCGUGGAGUGGGAGGGACAGGAGCGCGUGGACUUUGUUAGGUUGAUGCGUGAGAGGGGGGUCUUUAUUGAGUAG